GGUAACACAGCAACAUCGAUCACAACCUUUAACACUGAACAUCUGAGCAAACGCUCAACAAAGUAUGGCAUAAUUUCAAGGAACUAACUUAAGUAAAACUGUUAAAAAGGACCUCGUACAUACAAUUGGAAGAAGGGGCUCUGAUCUGACAUAUCAUCAUGGCAUCAAAACUCUCAGAGGACCAGAUUAAAGCCAUCAAAGACGCGUUCUUCAUGUUCGACGUGCAAGACAAGGGUACGAUCCCCACAAAUGACCUUGGCAACGCAAUCCGCGCCCUGGGGCGCAACCCCUCGGAGGCGGAGGUGAAAAUGAUGUCGAAGGAGGCGGACGCGAAAGGGACAGGUUUUAUCACGGAGAAGGACUUUGAAGACACGGUGUCAAAGCACUGGAACUCCGUGUCAAAUGAAGACGAGAUCAUCGAAGCAUUCCAGCAAUUCGAUCGCGAAGGAACCGGCUACAUCGACGCGAAGCAACUCCGUCACGUGCUACAGAACAUGGGUGAGAGGCUACAAGAAGCGGAAGUAGACGCGCUCAUGGAGGUCGCCGAUCUCGACUCGGACGGGCAGCUUAAUUACAGAUCCCUUACACAGAUGCUGCUGGCGAAGUAACGAUUCGGAUGAGCCAAAUUCCCUCAGUUCUAUACAACAAUGUGUCAAACUGGAGUGGGUGAUCAUUGGCAGCCGUACAGGAGACGCAAUUGUUCUCGACUAUUGUCUGACUCUGUUGCAUCGCAUAUAUAUUUCACUGACACAAGUUUUAUUAAGAUAUAUGAAAAUAAGUGCAUGCUUGUGCAAAUUAAAUAGUCAAUAAAUUGUAAUUUUAUUUGCUAAUAAGGAUACAUUCAUUACUUUUGAUUUAAAAUCAUUUUAUACGUUAUUAUUGUCACUGUGUUGGGUGGGUUGGCCUCACAUUCACUGAUCACCACGUACUCUGAUAUUUAAGUAUACAUGUAUAUAUAUUAAAAUCACCACAAACAUCACACUAAUAAAGUGUACAUAUGUAGAUUUAUUACAAUCAUGGAAUAGAGUACAUAUGAACAUUGAUUACAAUUAUCAUAUAAAGCACAUAGGUACUUUUAUAUCAAUCAUACAAUAAUAUACAUUUUGUUACAAUCAGCAAAAAAAACACGCAUGUUACAUUAAACUAUGUACAUAUUGUUACAAUCAACAUAUUAAUCACGUGCUAAUCAAGUAAUGAACAUUUAUUAAAGUCAUCAAGUGUCUGAACAACUGCAUUGAAUCCUCAUGCUAUCAAGAAUAACCCCAUUUGUCAAUAUGAUGACACUUGAACUGAUGAAACCAAAACCUUAUUAACUCAUCAAUGCAUCAAUUGCCUAAACAUUAUAGAAAAUAAAAAGUGUGCAUAUUUAAAACAUAUACUGACUAUGGCCACUAUUUUGUGUUCAGGGUGAUUGUGCAAUAAAUAACGCCUCUAGUU